AUGGGUCCAGAGCUAGGCAGUGCAGAGGAAGAUAUUUGGAUUGUCGGCUUGGGCUGUCCGUACCGUGACAAGAACGACUGUGUAGUCUCAGACCCGGAGCCUACAGCUAAAGCACUGAUCUCAGAUUAUGCGGCGGAAAAUGCUGACACCGAGACAACGAAAAAUGGGCUUGAUUGGGCAGUCGAGGUAGCAGAAGCGAGCUCCGUAACAGGACAAAUAGUGGUUGACACCACAAUAGUAUUCGUUGUCAAGAAAGUGCUCUUAUCAGAGGCCAGACAAUCCGUUGCGCUGGAGGGGCAAGCUGUCACGGUUGCAAUUCGAGUUGAAAGCACCAAUGAAGUGGUCAUUUCUACUUGCAAAGACUGGCUACUCAGUGAAGCACCGCUACUUCAGCCUGGAACGCGCGCGAGUGUCGCCCCCGACAGAGACCCUUCUUCGCAGCUACACUCGUCCGAGUCAGCUUCGUUGAUCUUCAAGAGGAAGUGUUUUAGAGCAAUCCUCAUUGAUCGCAUCUGGAUUUAUGGUCGAUACUUCCCUGCUUCAGACGACUUCCGGCCUGACCCUAAGCACGCCAACUCGGUCUCGGAAGAUUCACUGAAGUACUGGGCCUCUGUAUCUGAUCUCUGCAAUCCUUCUAAUAGGAUAUAUGAGGGCUUGGAGGGGACUCUGGAUGUAUUUGCCCUCGGUAGUGUCAUCAUCAAGUCAAGCCAUCUCCACGCUCGGCUUCAAGGGAGAUGCGCGAGUCGAGACUUCUCCUAUGCAGAUGCAAACGAAGUGAAGGCAACUGCCCUGGCAAGGACAGUGUUAAAAGAUGUCAAAAUUCCGAUCAUCUACUUUGCGUGGAAGAUCAAUGGCAGGGAUGUCUUAGUGCAGGAGAGAAUUCCUGGUGUCGGCCUCAACGUCGCUUGGCAAUAUAUUUUCGCGGCACAGAAACAACUGUUCAAAGAAGAAGCACGCGAUAUCUUGCGAAAUUUGAACAUAGUCAAACCUCCUUCCUCAAGCACGACCCGAUGCUAUAUUGUUGAAGACACGGAUCCUGAAGCACACCGAGUAAUCCAGGGGCUCAAGUACGAUAUCAUCUUCGGAGAAGAUAAUCGUGAUCCAGAUCUAUCCUUUAUGCAUAACGACUUUAGUCUAUCGAACUGUAUUGUGAACAAUGAAAAGAUUGUAGAGCUUAUCGACUGGGAGAUGGCAGGUUACUUUGGGUGGAAGACAGCUGCUCAGGUGUAUGUAAAGAUCCGAACUCCUCGACGAGAGAGCUUCGCAGCGCUCAAUCUAUCCGAAGACGCUUUGAAUGACAUACUUCUCUAUAAUGAUUUAUAUGAAGUCUUAACGGCAAAGUAA